UGCUUCUGCAAUCCAAUAAAAAAAACACGAUUGAUUUUGUUCAUUAUUUAUCGUUCACUGUCUCUGAUAAGACUCGUUACUGUUGAACGAGAAUUUUUCGGUAGGAAACAGUGAUCUCAGAAACAAACGUGUUGCGAAUUGCUGAAAUGCCGUCAAUGGUUGAUUCUCAGGACUCGAUCACAGACUCUACAUCAGUUAUGUCUAUGUUCAUUGUUACACGGAAUUUGCGCGUUAUAACCUUUAAGACCCUUAAGCGCGUAUCAGACAACGUAUUGAAGAUUGAAGAUUAAAGAUUGAAAUUUGACCAAUUGAAACAAAAGAAACUAAAAGUUCUUUAUUCUGAUACGUCAAAUUUCAAUCUUCAAUCUUUAAUCUCAAUCUUUAAUACGUCGUCUGAUACGGGUUUUACAAAAUGCAAGAGAAUAGCGAUAGCAAUAAAAUUAAUCUAUAAACAUAACAAUAAGAACAAAAAAUCCACAUUUGUGAAUGCAUAUAUCGAUGCAAUGCGAAUAGAAAUACGGAACAGGUAAUAGCGAUGAAAUUUUCGUCGAGAAUUCUGUGUCUAUCGCCUUAUAGUCUGUGCUAUUUCUGUCGCUAUCGCUAUUCUCUUGCAUUGUGUUUCCCGUUUUAACGACAAAAAGUCGUCAUUCUCGUUCAUGACCGUUCAUGUGUAUUUUGUUUGUUCUUCUUCUCUUCUUAUUAUAAUUAUAUAAAUAUUAAUAACAUAUAAUGCGGAGGUAUCAUAAUUACCUCGAAAAAAAAUUUCUAAAAGUGCCAAGAACGAGUCAAUACAGGAGAAAUAUAGAAUGUGAAUCAAGUGAUGAAAGCAGUGAUAACAGUGUCGAAGAUGCUCAAUGGCGAGAAUACUGUAAUCGUCAAUCAUCCAGUGAUAGCGACAAUACAGAUUCUGAUAACACAAGUCAACAUAAUAGUAUUUGCCUAUCAUUCUCCAAUGAAGCAUUGUUAGCAAAUAUUAGAAACAAUGAGCAACUUACAAUUAGUUCUGACUUAUCAUUGCAUUUAGUACAAGACCAGCACAUGGAACUCGUACAACAUAAUUAUCAUGAAUCUUUAUCAACACAUGAAGAUCCAUUUAUUGAGCAAAAUAACGAUCAACAAUCAUUGUCAGCAUUAGAGCAAGUUAGUGUACAAUACUUUAUACUAAAGGUACGUUCCACUUGGCGAUCGCAACGCUUGUGGAAUCAUUUUAUCUUUGUUUUUCAUCGAAAGUUAAAGAAAGAUAGAUAAUGUUCACGAGCGUUGCGAUCACCAAGUGGAACUCAGCCUACAAAAUUAUAAAUUCUUAUAAAAAACGCACUUAGCAUUCAUUAUUAACAGAUAUUUGCAUUUU